GUGACGAGCACGACGGCGAUCUCCGCGUGGCGCGUAGCUGGCUCGCCUCGAAGGGAUCGGCGGGGCGUGGCUGCUCUCGAGAUUCGUCGAGCGCCCGGCAAAGAUCACUCAUAGAUGAUUCGUUGGCGACAGACGACGAGCUUUGGGAUGUGAGACAAUGAGCUAGCGAGCGACCUCGCGAUUUCCGCGGCCUCGGCUCCAGCGAUCAAUCAUCUCAUGUCAUAGGCCGCCCCAGGAGGUAGGGAUCGAUCUCGCUCCUUUCGCUCUCCUCCGCGCGAGCUAGUUUUCGAGCGAUCAGGGCUUGGGUAUGGAGGAGAGCGUGAUCAAGGAAGAAUGUGGGGUCGCCACCGAGAAGGCAAAGGGCGUAGUGGAGGAGGAGAAGAGGGAAGUCAUUGAAGAGGACAGGCACAGUCGCGAGGAGGAAAAAGAAGAGGGGGGAUUUGACAAGUCCACGCGGAAGGAGAGCAGUCCCGCGGUUUCACUCAAGCCCGACUUGAACGAGAUCGAUCGCGAGGAGGAGGAAAGGGGCGAGGAAGAGAAGAAAGAAGAAGCUGACCAAGAUGUGGUGGUGCUCUCCAAGAGCUCCGGCAGUCCCGAGAAGCUAGAAGCGAAGGACAAGGCGAUGGCUACUCCAGCGAAGGAUGAUUUGCUGCUCACGCUCGGUGGGAGCUGGGGCGCUGGCGAAAGUAAGAAGCUCUUCCCGCCGGAGACGACGAUCAAGGCCAGGAAACCGUCUUCUUCGCUGGGAGGAGGCGGUGGUGGUGGUGGUGGUGGCGGAGAGAUAUCUCUGUCACUGGGAUCUUCCGGGUGUAACGCCCCCUCGGCUUCACUGGUGAGUGGGAAGGUGAUGAGCGUUCGCUCCAUCUCGAACACCACCACCGUCAACACUAGAUCCUUCGUCCACAAUCCCAGCUGCUCGCUCACGCACAACUCGCUGGAUGAUCUCAACUCCAGCGCGACGCAGUACGUUGCUGGGCACGAGAACGAGACGGUGUCUCACGGUGGUCUCUUCGGUCCUCAGGGGAUCAUCCAGAGAAGUAGGAAUCCUUUUCCGGACAGUGGAGCUCUCGCUGCUGCUGCUGCUGCUCACAAGAACAACGUGGCCACCACCACCACCAACAACAACAAUGGCACCACCACCACCACCACCAUCACCAGGAGCAGCAACAGUGCCGGUUUCCAGCACCAGCACCAAGUUCCACCACCCGUCAAGUGGAACUCUUACAACUUGGAGCCGUAUCACGCCUUGUUCCCAGAUCUCAAGGAGGGCUUUCGAAAGCACGCUGGGACGCGACGGGGCAAGCACAAGGCGGCCGAGGAGAGGUCCCUCCAAGGAGAGAACCGUGUGGGGCUGUACGAGGUGGCGGCGGAUCCCGUAGCGGUGGUGGCCAACAAGCUCCAGGAGCUCCCGGAUAUCUUCCUCGAGGACUUGAAGAAGUCGCUCACGGAGAUGCUCGGCAGCGUGGAGAAGCGGGACGAGUUCCUGCGGCUGCAAAGGAUCCUCCAGCGGCGGAACGACCUCUCGGCCGAGAACCUCUACGUUGCCCACCGCACGCAGCUGGAGCUCCUGGUGGCGAUGAAAACGGGCAUCCAGGCUUUUCUUCUCUGCGAGAACCGGAUGUCUACCGCGGCUCUCGUGGAGGUUUUCCUCCAGAAGCGGUGCCGCAACUUCGCGUGCCAGAACCAGCUCCCUACCGACGACUGCGACUGCCAGUUUUGCUCACAAAAGGAGGGAUUUUGCAGCGGGUGUAUGUGCAUCGCCUGCUCCAAGUUCGACUUCAUGGCCAACACUUGCCGCUGGGUUGGCUGCGACUUUUGCCUCCACUGGUGCCACACCGACUGUGGGAUCCGACUGUCGUAUAUCAAGCCCGGGACUGCUCAAGGUGGAAAGCAGUCGGAGAUGCAGUUCGUGUGCGUGGCUUGCGGCCAUGCCUCGGACUUGUUUGGCUUCGUCCGGGAGGUGUUUACGACGUACGCCAAGGAUUGGAGCGCCGAGACUCUGCGGCAGGAGCUCGACUGUAUCCAGAGGAUAUUUCGGCGCAGCCAGGACUCUAGAGGGAAACAGCUGUGCUGGAUUGCCGAGAAAAUGCUGGGCAAGGUGGAGGGAUGCGGUGACACUUCCGAGUUAUGCGAGGCGAUCGUCCGGUUCUUCCAAGAGGGGAAGAUCGAUUUGGAGACUGCCAAAGUGCAGCAUCAGCAGCAGCAUCAGCAGCAGCAACAGCAGCAGCAGCAUGGAGGUGGAGAAGUUCCUGCGGGUGCGGUUGCAGUUCGAAGCGGCAGCUACGCGAAUGCUGCGGAGGAAAUGGUGGCGAAGAGCAAGAGUGGUUCUGGGAACGGUAACUUGCAGAUUCUCGACCGGGAGCUCGAGGCCAAGAGGAACGAGAUUGCCGAGAUGCAGUACAGCCGGGCGAGGAAGCGGAGCGAGAUCGAGGAGAUGGAGAGCGCCAUCCACAUAAAGCAGGCCGAAGCCAAGAUGUUCCAGCUGCGAGCCGACGAGGCCCGGCUCGAGGCGGAGAGGCUGAGAAAGAUCGUGCUGGCCAAGAGCGAGAAGAUGGAGGAGGAGUACGUCGCCAAGGGGUACAAGCUCCACGUUAACAACGCGGUGGAGAAGAGGAAGCGGUGCUUUGUGGAGUACCAGAUGCUGGAGAAGGGGCUCCAGGACUUCAACUCGAUGAAGAGCAAGCUGGUGACGGACGUGCACGACGUGCUCAUGAAGAUGGACGUGAUGAAACGCAACAAGAUGCUGUGAGUGGGGAUCGAGCUUUUCCGAUAAGAGAGAAAGAAGAAAGAUCGCAAGAGCUCUCUGGAGGAAAGAACACACACAGGAAGAAGCGGAAACUUCGUCACAACUGGUAAAUCUUAGCUCAUUUUUGUUGAACUUCCAAAAGCUUGCUAGAUCAAGUUUGGGUGUGGACGUUCUUAGAGAGCUCCGAGAAGAAGGUCCUUGUUAAAUGGCCGGACUCCUCUGUGACUAAGAACCCAGCGCUUGCUUGUGAAAAGAAUCGAAGAUCCCUAUGGAUUGUUUGAUCAA